AUGUUGGGAAGGCCAGCCGAAGGGUGUGUGGAGAUAAGGGACGACUUGGCUAGGUUUAGGUGGGUUUGGUGGCUUCUGGGUUUGUCGGAGAAGAUGAGGAGGGGGAUGUUAGCUCAGCUAGGGCAUGGGGUGGCUGGGUUUGUUAGAGACGACGAUGAAGGGGCAGCAUGCUCAACUUGGAUGGACAUGAGAGAGAAAGGUGUUGAAAUCCAGAAGGGUCAUCUCAUCUUAGCCUACUGA